AUCAGAUGCCUCAUCAUCGUCAUCAUCAUCAUCAUCAUUACCAUGUGACAUCAGAUGCCUCAUCAUCAUCACUACUAUGUGACAUCAGAUGCAUCAGACAUCACAUCAGAAAGACUCCCUGCAGCAUGUACUGGGGGAGUAUGGACUGGUGAGGCCAAUCAGUGUGGACGCAGAGGGCCGCUUCCUGUCGCACGCAGUCUCGGCUGACCAUAUGGCAGGAGGGCAGUCCCGUAGGCGCCGGAGGAGGGAGGUAGGAGCAGGCAAUGAUGAGUGGGAAGGACCAAGAGGAGUCGAGGAGGACCAAGAGCCCGUGGGCCGUCAGGAAAGACUUUACUACAACGUCACCGUCUUCGGCCGGGAGUUCCACCUGCGUCUGCGCCACAACGCCAGGCUGGUGGCCCCCGGAGCCAAGAUUGAGUGGCAUGAUGACAGCGACAGCACUCGGCACUCUGAGCCACUGCACGAUGAAUGCCUGUACGUGGGUGACAUCACAGACACACCAGGAGCCACCGUGGCUAUCAGCAACUGUGACGGCCUGGCCGGUAUGAUCAGGACGGAGCAAGAGGAGUUUUUUAUCGAGCCGGUGGAGAGCGGCGAUGGAGUCAUAGAAGAGGAGGCAGAGGGAGGAGGAGGAAGGACGCACAUCGUCUAUCGCUCCUCAGCUCUGAAGAAAGCACCCAUUGGCAGCGAGGCGGCAGACUUCCAUGCCAGAGGUGCUGACCUCGGUGGUCUGAUGGACCUGGAGUCUCUGUACCGCGGUGUGGAGCAGAGUAUCAACCACACGAGAGCAGGGCGAAUGCGCAGACAGACACUGGACAGGGCCUACAACAUUGAGGUGCUGCUGGGCGUUGAUGACUCAGUGGUCCAGUUUCACGGGAAGGAGGACGUCCAAAAGUACCUGCUCACACUCAUGAACAUCGUAAGUCGAGCUAUCCAAGGUUUCCUUCUGCUGGAGUUGGACUGUAUGAGACCAAGCCAGACCUAG